AUGAAGGUCGUCGGCAGAAAGCAAUUUGAUGAACAUCUGGAGAUAAUUACUGGAAAAAUAAACGCCCUUCGCAAAUCUCUGAGUAAGAGUGAGAAUGCCUGUUUAUCGAUAAUUUCGGGAAAAAGAUCGAGACGGAAUAGUUUUCUUGAAGUGAAGGCGAAAAUUCACGACAUGUUUUGGAGCACAGUAUAUCACCGCGGUCAUCGCUAUGAUGUUCGUGCUGCCGAUCGAGAGGCCAUUCAGGUGGAGCAAAAGGCUGUGAGAUCAUCUUGUGAUAAUACUGUUACUACUUUCACUGGUACUGCCAUUCGUCGACAGAACUUUGGGGAAAAAAGUUCCAUCAAAGCAAAAAGCAAAUAA